ACUUUAACACAAAUUCAAUCCACUUUUAUAUCAAUUACUUAAGCAGUUGUACAAACAAUUUAGACAUCAUGAAACUUGAUUCGAAUUUUUAUCCGAAGGCGUCUGCAGCAAUGAAAUCUUUCACGCAUUAUUUCUAAUUAUAUACUUUAAGCAUAUAAUUUAGUAUUACAAGCAUUUAUUAAGUCAUUUUAUGGAUAUAUAUCAUGGAUAAAUUAAGAAGUAAAAAAUUAAACACAAGUUCAUAAGAUCUAUUUAUCAAAAACAUUGGAUACCAUUAUAGUGAAAAUCCAUGGAUAUGAGUGGGCAUUUAGAAAUUGUUACAGAGGCGGCCCCAGUGUCUAGCGCUCCAGAAGAAGACAGGCGACGAUCUUCUAAUUUUUCAACUCACAUGUCAAGAACUCUAGAUGGGGAACGACGACGAUCCUCUGAUUUUUCAACUAUUAUGUCUAGAGAUCCAGAUGGUGACAGAAGAUGCUCUGAAUUUUCAAUUAGAACUUCAGAUGGGGACAGAAGACCAUCUGAUUUUUCAACUCGCAUGUCAAGAAGAAAGAGCAUAGAUUCAUCAGCUAUUUUGGAUACGAACUUGCGACGAUGCUUAACAACUCUCGACAUCACCUUAUUAGCCGUGGGACAAAUGAUAGGAAUGGGUGUUUACGUCAUCAUAGCUACAGUUGCCAAAAAUAUUGCAGGCCCUGCCAUCAUUAUUUCAUUUCUAUUUAGUGGUGUGGCAUCAUUUCUAAGCGCUCUUUGUUAUGCUGAACUUGGUGUUAGAUAUCCAAAAUCUGGUUCCGCGUACUCUUAUACGUAUUUGGCGCUUGGCGAACUAUGGGCUUUUAUUGUCGGCUGGAACAUGGCACUCGAAUAUGUCAUUGGUGCCGCUGCAACAGCUAGAGCUUGCAGUGCUUACAUAGAUUCCUUAACGGAUGGUUAUAUUAAAGCUUCAACCAUUAAUAUAACAGAAUCUAUAAAUGAGGCAUUUUCGAUUGAAUACUUAGACUUUUUUGCUGUAGGUCUAUUAUUACUGGUCGUGAUAUUUCUUUCGUUUGGUGUUAGAAUAACUUCCUAUGUAAAUAACAUAUUUUCAGUCAUAAGUCUUGCUGUUAUUAUUGUCAUUCUCGGAGUAGGUGCAUAUUAUUCAGACAUUAGUAACUGGACCGGACCAACUACAGAGGGAUUUAUGCCGUAUGGAUGGUACGGAGUUCUGGGAGCAUCUGCUUCCUGUUUUUAUGCUUUUGUGGGAUUCGACUGCAUAGCAUCAGCUGGGGAAGAAACCAACUCACCCCAAAAAGCAAUACCUAGAGCUACAAUGAUAUCAAUGGCUAUAGCGACUGUUAGUUAUGUGGGUGUCUCCAUAGUGUUAACUCUAAUGGUUAAUUACAAAGAUUUAUCUGGUGAUUCCGGACUCCCAGAUGCUUUUGGCAUGCGUGGAAUUUAUUGGGCAAAGUAUUUGGUUGUUACAGGCGCAAUUUGUGGUAUGGCAACAGCAAUAGUUAGCAUAAUAUUUGCUAUGACACGUGUCGUUUAUGGCAUGGCUGAAGAUGGUUUAUUGCUAACAUUUUGUUCUAAAAUUAGCCCCAGAACAAAGACACCUCUUCCUGCCAUGUACAUAUUUGUCUCUCUAUCUGGAAUUUUGACAUUGAUUUUAAAUAUCAAUUCUUUGAUCGAAAUAAUGUCGAUUGGUGCUCUUAUUGCUUACCUUGUUGUGAGUAUAUCAGUCAUUGUCUUGAGAUAUAAGCCACCUAUGAUUUUAAAAACUGCUACGCGGGAAUUAGACACAAUUACUGAAGAUAAAAGAAUGUCUUUCACAGAAGAGACAGAUCCUGCGGGUAGAUUGAAGGAAAUAUAUCGCGUUAUGUAUAUUUUUAGGUUUUUCCCACCGCGCAUGGCGCAAAAAGCGAUAAUUGCAUUCGUAAUAUUUACUUUCUGCCUUUGUGGCUUCACAAGAGGAUGUCUAAAGUGGAUUUUUGGUGGUCAAGUAUGGGCUCUUUUUGUUUUCGUUUGUUUACUUUUGUGCGUUAUAUUGUCUUUGCUUAUCAUCGUCAUGCAUCAUCAGUCAAAUACAGAACUCAGAUACAAAGUACCAUUGUUUCCAUUAGUACCUGCUUUAAGUAUUAUUCUAAAUGCCAUUUUGAUAGUUAAUUUGCAGUUAAUUACAUGGGUGAGGCUUCUGGUUUGGAUGGUAGUUGGUCUUGCACUUUAUUUCACGUAUGGCAUGGAACACAGCAAACUAGAUCAAGCGAUGCAAACAUUGAGAUCUUGGGUACCAAAUCAAGCGAAUCUCCCAGGCCGGUCUAAUUUUACCAAAAGAGCAAGAAAUCAACCAAGACCUUCUCAAGAAGGUCUUUUCGAUAAUCCCUUACCAGAAACCAUAAUUAAAGAAUAAUUAUUUAUUGUAAAAGAUCUUUAUGCCAUUUAAAAAAUUUUAAAUGCUUUUAUGUAUCUAUAUAAUAAAUAUAUGUACUACUUCAGUAACAUUUUUUGAGUU